GGAAAUAACUCGAUCGCCUCGUUUCCGUUUCAAGAGAUUUUCGAAGACGAGCCGUAUGUCAUUUUCACCCAGGUCUUCAGCAUCCUCGGCGCCGUCAUGUCCGUUCUCGGUGCGCUGGGCAGCCUGGUGGCCGUCCGGACGUUCGUUUCGAUGGGACUAAAGGACGGCAUCACGGUGGUGUUCAUGUUCCUGGCCGUUUGUGACUUCUGCUACCUGAACGUGAUAGCCGUCAACUCGGCCUCGUUGUGGUUUUACGCCACGGAGAAGAAGCACAAGUACAAAAUGUGGUACUCGGUUGACCCUUAUGGGAUCUACAUCUUCUCCGCCAACAUGGGGAUCAUGUUGUACCUGCUCACGGUGUUGAACACGACCUUCCUCGCCGUGGUGCGGUGCUUGUGUGUCGCGAUGCCCAUCAGAUUUAAGCACAUCCUCAACAGAAGACGAACCGCCGUGAUCAUUUUCUUGUUCUGCGCCGUCACCGUGCUCAGCUACCUCCCGAUUCUCAUUCACAUGAGGAUGGUCAGCGCGUGCGACGCCAAAAUCAACCGCACCAGGUCGGUCCUCUGGACGUCCUCGAAACGGGACGAGGUCAAACAGGCCGUGUGGUUGUCCCGGGACGUGGUGGUGACAGUCGCCACGCAGGUCGUCAUCCUCGUCUGUGUGGCCAUCAUGAUCCGGUGCCUGCGCGCGUCGUCUCGAUUUCGCCGCAACCGCUUGUCCGGACGCCAGCAGGCGUCAGUGUCAAACCCGGUCUUCAGCGUCUCAUCGGAGACGCUCGAAACUUCUUCGACGCCACCUCAGUCCUCCACCGACGCCAUCGGUGGCAACAGCGACGAUACGUUGCCGAGAAAUCAAAGCGCCGACUCUGGAAAACUGGCGGCGAAAGAUGUCAACGUCGUCCGGCAGGUGGUCCUCAUCUCCGUGGUGUACAUCGUCUGCAACACGCCCAAGCUGUGCGUCGACAUCACCACCAUGAUCGUCCCGGAGUUCACGCUGGGAAGGAGCCUCCAGAACUUGUACCUGUCGAUCAUCUGCGCCAUGGAGCUGUUUCAGGCGUUCAACUCCAGCAUCAACAUGUUGAUUUACUACAACUACAACUCAAAGUUCAAA